AUGCAAUCAGGCAUCAGUGUCUCGAAAGAGCUCCAGGAUGCCUUCCAAGAGCUCGUAUCAUCGCCCGCUCAGCGAGGGAUCGUAGCCAUCAUCAAGUCCGAGGCAAUCACUCCUCUUCACGUGCUGCCCGCCUCCUCUCCAGAUUUCUUGUCAGACUUGUCUUCUCUCCGUACUUUGCUUUCAGACAAUCAGGCCGCGUACAUUCUGCUUCGAAGAUAUGAAAACGCACCUGAUGGUUAUGUCGCAAUCACUUACGUGCCAGAUGCUGCACCAGUGAGGCAGAAGAUGUUACAUGCGUCUACGCGUUUGUCACUCGUCAGAGAGCUAGGCGCUGAGCGAUUCAGGGAGACGCUGUUUGCGACGGAGCUAAGAGAUCUGGAGAAAGACGGUUGGGAAAGGCACGACGCAAGUGGAGCGUUGAAGGCCCCAUUGAGCGAGGAAGAGGAGACUUUGAAGGGUGUUAGAGAUGCCGAGGCUGAGGCAAGAGGAGGUACAGAGGGUAGACGGCUUGAGACCGGUGGUAAGUUAAGCAUGGCUAUUAGUGGUGAUGCCAGGAGCGCUCUUGAAAAUUUGAAAGAAGAGACAAGUGGGAAACUUGUGCAAUUGUCGAUUGACCCGAGGACUGAGAGUAUUGAGCUUGUUUCGGUGGGCGAUGUCGACGCCAGUUCGCUCGCUCCGGCAAUCUCGGACACAGAGUCCCGCUACUCACUAUUUAGAUACAGCUAUACUUCAGGAGGAACGAAUGUGUUGCCUCUUAUUUUCAUCUCAUCGUGCCCGUCAAACCUCAAAGUAAGAGAUCGGAUGCUCCAUGCAUCGAGUAAAGCAGGCUUUCUAUCUGCCGUGAAUAAAGACGUUGGACUUGCAAUUGCCAGGAAAUUCGAAGUCACGAGCCCCACCGAGAUCAGUCAGUCCACAAUCGAGGAUGAAUUUACACCUAAGCAGGAGCAGAAACAGGGCUUCUUGCGACCGAAAAAGCCGGGGAAGCGGUGA